GACGGUGAGGAGCUGAAACUGCUGACUAAGACAAACACAGACAGUGAAUCUGAGGAGGACUGAACUGCUGCUAACCCUUCAAUGAGAUGAUUAACUGUAAAUUAAAGAUGGUGAAUUUCUGAAGCAUUUAUGUGUCCUGUCAGCUGGUGAACAAAGUUGAUCAUGGUGAUAGUGUAUAUCUUACAACAUGCCUGUCAGCGCAUGUCUGCUGUUGUACUUUGUCAUGCUGAGUCAUCAGUUUUUGUUGGGUGUAUGUAUUCCUCUAAGCUGUUAACUGAGGAGUGCCCACCUGUAAGCUAAACUUACAGGGCUUUUAUCAAACUAUAGACUGUUUUAAAUAUGGUUUAUUCUUUUUAAUAAAACUGAAAUGUAAUGAAAAAGUA